CACCACCCCACCCCCCGCAAUGCGCAUCAGGCAUCUCGCACUCGCCACACUCCUCCCCCUCGCGCCCCUCGCGGCCGCGUGGUCGUGCAACGACGUGUCGGCCAACAACAUCAAAUACGACCUCUCGCCCCUCGGCUCGCGGCGCGAGGCGAGCCGCGAGACCGACUCGCCGCCGACAAAGAACGAGGUGCGCGCGCAGCUCGAUAUCUGCGGGUUGUUGGGCAAGGCGGAUGGCGUGGCGGACGAGGACCAGUGCCCAGAAAACACGCGCGUCUGCCUCACGCUCCACAAUCACAAGGAGUCGGCGGGGGACAAGGACCGCGUGACGGGCGUGAUUCCACUGUGGACGGACCAAACGCUCGACAGCGAUAUCAGAGCGUAUCCGCAGGGUAACGGCGGCCAGGGCGGAGUCGUGAUUAAGGUCAAGGCGCCGGAUUAUGCCAACACGGCCCAAGCCCUCACGCUCACGCUCAAGUGCGACCCCUCGGCAACGGACCCGAACCCCACCCUCGACUCGUACACCGACGGCGAGCUCAAGCUGACCUGGUCGACGCCCGACGCGUGCCCCAAGUCGUCGUCGUCCGGCGGUGGCGGCGGCGGCGGCUUCUUCUCGGGCCUGUGGUACCUCAUCAAGUUUGUCUUCUGGCUCGGCCUCUUCGGCCUCGUCGCAUACUUUGUCAUCGGCGUCAUCUACAACCACCAGACGUACUCGGCGCGCGGGUGGGACCUGGUCCCGCACCGCGACUUCUGGCGCGAGCUGCCUGGCCUCACCCAGGAUCUGGGCGGGCACGUGUUUGGUGGACGGGGUGGCGGGCGGGGCGGGUACAGUUCGCUGGGUUAG